UUCGGCUCUCCUUUAAACUUCUUUUUAUAGAUUUUUCCUGUUUUAUUCUAUAAUCAUGUUUUGUUAUUCCAAGUCCUAUGUUGGGCACUUUCAUUAUUUAUUAAUAUUUCUUCUUUUACUCCAUUCUAUUUUAUUUUAUUGUAAUGCGUUAACUCAAGUUCACAGAUAGUCAUUUAUUCUUUCUUAUCUUUAUAAAUAUGCUUAAAUGUUUGUUACAUGUAUGUACGUGUACAAGAUUUUGUAUUUUAGUGAUUUAGUGAGAAAUUAAGCUGAUUCCAGAAUAAGUUUUGGAGUGGAUCUGAUUUCAUUGUUGAAUAUCAGAGAUUUAUGGUGAAUGUCUGUUUUAACACGAUUAACAUAUUGAUUAAAUUGUAUCUAAUGAUGACUAAGAGCUAGACUGUUUUUAAUCCAGCCUACCAAUGAUAAUCAAAAAUAUGGCUUCUUGCUAAGGAGUAAAUAGGGUUUGGAAUGAUCAGUUCACCCAGGACCUGGUUCAGCUUUCAGAAAAGUCCAAGUUAGGAAAUUAUGACCUUUAUGAAAAAGAGAGCAUAGGAAAGAAAAUGCUAAAAGAUGAUCCCCUCCCAGAGCACAUGAAAAUUUCGUGUACUGCUUGGUGUUAAUCUCCUGCCAGAGAGUCCCAUCUGACUUGUUGAUGAAAGUGAUGAUUAAAUCGAAUGACAGAUUAAGGAUACCUUGGAAAGGUGGUGCAAGAAAAUUCAACAAAGAUGCAAUCCUGCCUAUUUUUGUACUUCCGUUAUCGCUACUUUGGGCUGCUCAAGGGUGGUGGAUGUCCGUUCUUAUUUUCCCAUUCAUGCCACUUUUUUUGCUAUAUGCCCACCUCUUGUACAUGGAAUUGUACCCCCAAACGUACUUCUUCUACGUGUGGAACAUAGCUUCUACUCUAGUCACAUGCUGUGUAUUCGAGGGAGUUGGGGUAUCUCUGCUCGAAAUCCGUACAGAUGAGAAUAUCAUAUUUCUCAUCUUAACUAUCGCGGUUUUCUUUUGUAUCUUCAAGGUGCGGCGUCUGGAGAAGCUGUCUGUUGUUGUUAAUGAUGUAGAGGACGGAGAUUGCCUCGUAAACAAAGUUUGCUCUGAUUGCAACAUACACAUACCUUUACGAGCUUAUCAUUGUCAUAUCUGCCAAGCAUGCAUUUUAAAAAAGAAUCAGCAUUGUGCUUGGCUGAAUUGCUGCAUUGGUCAGAGCAACCACUUUUGGUAUAUCAUGUUCCUAGUUUCAAAUCUUAGCCAACUGCUUUUGUGCUCAAAUUUGAUCCUUACUACUGCUUGCCAUCCUUUUAAAGUGUUCGGCUCACCUAUUAUGUUGCCAGACGACUGCAGCGAUGUUUAUUUUGAUAGUCAGUAUGCGACAUGUUUUGUCACUGCGAUUUAUUGUUUAGAAGUGGCCAUAUUCAUAGGUGCUGUGCUAGUUCAUGAAAGUUGGCUUAUUUCCCUAGGAAUAACCGGGCAAGAAUAUAGAAAUAGAAGCAAGCGAUCUGGUUGUUACGGCCUUUUCAUGCCCAGGCCCUUCAGCAAAGGCUUCAUUCGCAACUGGUUUAUGUUUUGGAGAGGAGCUUAUAUGGCACAUUCGUCAUACAAAAUAUAAUUUAUGAGAGCAGAAAUUGAUGAAAUCAGUUUUUUUUUUUUUUUUUUUUUUUUAA